AUCACGUGGUUUUUUCUCAGCUCAGUACAGAAGGCUCAAAUUGAGCUGGAAACAAAGUGUCAAGGGACUGUCACCCACAUCUCUGUGUGUUGGUUUAAAGCUGAGUUAAAUUGCCCAGUUUGAAAGUGAAGGGAACAAAAGAGUUUAACCUAAGUUAAUUGUAGAAGUAGUUUUUUCAACUUUUUUGGCUCAACAUCCAGACGACCAUGACGUGGGGACUACCCCGUCGGAGUCCACUUUGGGAGAAGUUCAUGUUUUGGUUUUGCUGUGUUCUGUUUAACAUAGCUGAAGCCGAUGGCGAGAUGUCUCAUGCCUAUGCUACACUGGGUGUUUCUGCCCCCCACCUGUACUACACCUGUCCCGAGGGAGCAACUGUCAAAAUGUUGUGUGCCCAGAGAGGUGCCACCAUGUACGACCAUGAUGUCUUGAAACGCGCCUGGCUUUUCACACAGCACAGUGACCAGCACUGUUCAGGACGGCAGGGCCCACGCGGUACUGUCAUUAACUCUCAUUCCCACAGCCUGCCCCCUGGGUUGCAAUUUGGAUCUACAGACAACAACUUCUGGGUGCUUCUGCAGAAUGUGACGCACGCUGACCAGGGUCGCUACUGCUGUAUGGUCCUAGACAUCCGUGUGGAACAUAAACACGGAAGCAUCGUGCAGAAACCCCACAGCCACGUUCUACUCCAAGUGUCACCACGGAGAAAUGGAUCUCAAGAGUGCACUGUCUGGGAUCCCACGCCACCUGGAGGCUCUGUGCCAGUGGCCUUGGCUAUUGCAGCCUGCAUCUUGGCUCUGCUCUCACUGCCUCUUAUUCUGGUGCUUGUGUACAAACAGAGGCACAACGCCCAGUCGAGCAGACGUGCACAAGAGCUGGUGAGGAUGGACAGUGAGGCUCAUGGCCAUGAGAACCCCGUGUUUCUCGGGGGAUCUCCGCAGAUUAAGACGCGCACCGUUUCUCAGAUCAUGACCAGGCAGUCCUCAGAGACAGGACGCCACCUUUUGUCUGAGCCAGGAACCCCCUUCACUCCUCCUAUUCAUGGGGAUGUGUUCUUCCCAAUAGAAGACACCAUCCCUGAGUCUCCAGACUUGCUGCAGGUUUAAAGGGUGGUGAAACCUCCUUCAUUGCUCUAACUGCUGACCUGGAAACAGU